AUGUCACAGAUGUUUACCACCGACGAUGUCGCGUCGCACAACACGCCCGACUCCAUGUGGGUCAUCAUCGACCAGAGCGUGUACGAUGUGACAAAGUUUCAGGAAGAUCACCCAGGCGGGAAGAAAAUCUUGCAGAAAUUCGCAGGCAAGGAUGCGUCCAAGCAGUUCCGCAAAUUCCACAAGGAAGCCGAUAGUAUUUUGCUCGAAUACAAGGACGACUUGCACCUUGGCGGCAUCGAGGUCGGGGCAAGAGUCGAGUUGGCGCCGGUUGUGGAGCCUGUUCCGGAAGUGGCACAGCCUGUGGCGGCCAUCGCCUGA